GAAACCACCCAGCUCUCCUCUCCCACAAUCUCGCCGCGAUGAUGUCCCAGGCUCUCAGAGCAUCUCGCUCCGUGCUUUCCCGCGCUUCUCGGCAACAGGUUUCUGUGGCCCGCCGGACCUUCAUGACUUCCGGUGUUCGCCAGGCAGACCUUGUUCAGGACCUGUACCUCAAGGAGCUCCGUGCAUUCAAGCCUACGCCCGUCAAGCCCAGCGACGCCGAGGCACACGUCCAGAAAUUCAGCAUCCCCAAGCCUCCCCCGUCCCCUGAGGAGGCCAACCUUGCUAGCGAACUGCAGGCGUACGAGACCCAGCAGGUUGAGGUUGAGGGCCAGGCCGCCGCUGGAGAACCCGCCCCUGUCGAGGAGAACUGGUUUGAGGAGGACCUGGAAGAAGAGGCUGCUGAGGCUCACUAGAUUUCACCAAAGUCGUGGGAAUCGGGCUUUGGUGAGCGUUGUGGCUACCAAGGCACCAUUGCUUAUCCGUUCCCGGAAGGAGUUUGUAAAUUAGGACUACAUGGAACACUGAAAGCGUUGUCUUGGCUUCUGUGUUAUACAUUAGGCUGGAAACGCAAUCCAUCCAUACUGAUAUGUAACACAACGCUUGGAAUGUUCUAUUUGUAGUCUCGUUGAAAUAUCAGCAACCAAGUUUCGUUUCUACGUCAUUCACCCUUAAUUCAGAUGUCCAGCAAGCAACUAUCCGACAUUUCCAGAUGGCGAGGGAAGGCCAUCUUGCCAGUCACAGCAGGCUUGAUCAUGUUACAAUGGCACAUUGUGUCUUUUCAUAGACAAAAUCAACAACAGUAAGGUAACCCAUGGAGACGGAGUAUGGCAAGUUCUGUGACUAUAGGCGUUUUGUCCCUGAUGCGCCAAGAUCUGCAGCGUACAAGUUUUGACCAAGGGGGGGCUGGCUGCAUUAUUGCAACCUGUCACAAAUGAUUUUGGAAUCCGCGCACCAGAGAGACUUGAUCGACAACCAAUGCGGGCGUAGUGACUUGGGAUGGCCUGACGGCCUGUGGGCUUAUUACAUCCUGAGAGUCAAGACUGUUCAAAUAAGCUUAGCAAAUCAGAUGCAGCUGGCUUGAUAGGAUCUGAUAGAUCAUACUUCUGGCAGGAAAAUGAACCUGCUGCAGGAGGAGAGGGAAUCCCAGUCCCAGUCGCGGAACGGACGGCAGUCAGUAAUAGUAGUAGUCAUCAGGGUACACUGGUGAGUCGUAGGCGUUCUGCUAGCCCUUCGUUUAUUUAUUAUUAUUUCCGCCGCCGAUUUCUGAAGUACAUACCGUGGACCGGCCAUAUUGCAGAGUUGCUGGGCAUCUAAUUUUAGCGGCGAUCUUGUGCUUCAAUUGGUUGCUGCGCGCCUGCGGUCGGCAAGGCUGCCACGGCUGUGGCA